AUGACCCCAAGCCUGAGCGAGAAGCCUGUCGUCGCCCACGGACCACUGGUUCGGGGCGAGCCCAGCGCAUUUGAGUUCUCGGCUGAACAGUUGAGCGAGCUCAUCGAAUCACGAAGCCUGGAUACCUUCUACGCUUUUGGUGGCCUCCGCGGAUUAGAAAGAGGUUUACGAACCGAUCGACAUACCGGAUUAAGCGUCGACGAGUCCAGCGUCAGGGUCCACGAGCCAUCGGCCACUGCCUCGUCCGUCGACAAAACAUCCCACCGACCUCAUCAACGUCAUAUUCACUUCCACCAUCACCAUAGCACCGAACAAUUCGCAGAUCGACGCGCUGUCUUCGGAAAUAACCGCCUCCCCGUUCCCAAGUCACCCACGGUUUUGCAGUUGAUAUGGGCGGCCUACAAUGACCACGUCCUCUUCCUCCUGACAGGAGCAGCGAUCAUUUCGCUAGCCUUAGGUUUAUACCAGACAUUCGGGACCAAGCACUCAAGCUCAAACCCUCCAGUUGAAUGGGUAGAGGGGGUGGCCAUCAUCGUUGCCAUUAUCGUCAUCGUCCUGGUGGGCGCAGGCAACGAUUUCCAGAAAGAGCUGCAGUUCCAAAAGUUGAACAAGAAGAAGCAGGAUCGCCUUGUGAGGGUGGUCCGCUCCGGUCGGCCACAGGAGGUAGCUAUUGACGAAUUAGUGGUUGGGGAUGUUGUGCACAUGGAGCCAGGGGAUGUCAUACCGGCCGAUGGGAUCCUGAUUCGCGGCCACCAUGUUCGAUGCGAUGAAUCAGCUGCCACCGGUGAAUCGGAUUUGCUGCUGAAGCAGUCCGGUGAUGAGGUCGCAACAGCGAUCGCUGAUUGCCGAGAUACCAAAUACCUUGACCCGUUCGUGAUCUCGGGGUCAAAGGUCGCGGAAGGCCUCGGCUCGUUCCUGGUAAUAGCAACCGGCAAUCAUUCGAGUUACGGCAAGAUCCUCCUAAGUCUUGAAGAAGACCCUGGCUUUACUCCACUGCAGUCGCGUCUCAAUGUACUAGCGAAAUACAUUGCCAAAUUUGGCGGCAUUGCCGGCCUGGUGCUGUUCGUCAUCCUGUUCAUCAAGUUCCUUGUUGGUCUGCGCCACUCGACGGCGUCCGGGACUGAAAAGGGCCAGGAUUUCUUGGAAGUCUUCAUAAUUGCUCUGACAAUAGUUGUCAUUGCUGUCCCUGAAGGUCUCCCUUUGACCGUGACGCUUUCUCUUGCCUUUGCAACCACGAGGAUGUUGAAGGACAACAACUUAGUGCGACAGUUGCGCGCCUGUGAGAUCAUGGGCAAUGCUACCGACAUUUGCUCGGACAAGACGGGGACCCUGACCCAAAAUGAGAUGACAGUGGUCGCAGGAAUGAUUGGCACAGAAGAGUUCUCGGAUCUAGAACCACUGACGGACGUCCCUUCGCGUGAUGUUCCGACUACUGCUGAGUUGAGAUCUCGCCUUCACGAUUACGUGAAAUCAGAAAUCACUAGUGCGAUUGCUUAUAACACCACGGCGUUUGAGUCGAUAGCGGACGGAAACGUCGUCUUUGUUGGAUCCAAAACCGAGACUGCUUUGCUGUAUUUCGCUCGAAACAACAUAGGCUUGGGCCCAUUAGAAGUGAUACGAUCGGGCUAUGAAGUGGUGGAGCUCAUACCUUUCGAUGCUACGCGCAAGUUCAUGAUCACCGUGGUAUGCGUGGAUGAGUUUUGUGGGUAUGCGUCGUAUAGGGCGUAUAUAAAAGGAGCGCCUGAGGUGUUAAUGGGCUUCUGUAGCAGCACGCUGGAGGAGCCCACAAAGUGGAAUUCCGUUACAGCCUUGACCGAAACUAACAAGACAGCUAUACGCCAGAAGGUAGAUACCUACGCAAAGUGCUCGCUACGAACUGUAGGGUUGUUCUACCGAGAUUUCGACAGGUGGCCCCCGAACCGGGCUGGAGAAAUACAGUCCGACACACUUGACCUCGAAGAUAUACUUAGCAAUCUGACUUUGAUUGGAAUUGUGGGUAUCCGCGAUCCUCUGCGGACAGGGGCCCAUGAUGCCGUUGACACCUGCCGUCGGGCAGGCGUGACGGUGCGUAUGGUCACUGGAGAUAAUCUGUUAACAGCCCGCUCUAUUGCCGAGGAAUGCGCGAUUGUCACCAACGACGAGGACAUUGUUAUGGAAGGAGAGGCAUUCAGGCGCCUGACAGAGGAGGAGCAACUAGAGAUAGCGCCCCGACUCAAAGUUUUAGCGCGGUCUCAACCCGAAGAUAAGCGUACGCUUGUGCGACGACUGAAGCAGACUGGGGCAACGGUUGCCGUCACUGGAGAUGGGACUAACGACGCUCCUGCACUCAAGGCAGCCGAUGUUGGAUUUUCCAUGGGAAUAUCGGGGACAGAGAUCGCGCGCGAGGCUUCAGCAAUUGUGUUAAUGGAUGAUAACUUUGGCUCAAUCGUGAAGGCGAUCAUGUGGGGUAGAGCAGUCAGCGAUGCGGUUCAAAAGUUCUUGCAGUUCCAAAUUACCAUCACCUUCACCUCAGUCGGACUGGCCUUUGUCACUUCCGUGGCCAGCUCAAGCGAAACAUCGGUGCUGACAGCCGUGCAACUGAUGUGGGUGAAUUUGAUCCAAGAUACCCUGGCAGCACUUGCGCUUGCUACCGAUCCACCGUCUCCCAGAGUAUUGGACCGAACACCCGACAAGAGAUCAGCUCCACUGAUAACGGUGCCAAUGUGGAAGAUGAUAAUCGGGCAGUCAGUCUAUCAGCUAGCCGUGACAUUGGUGCUCCACUUCGCCGGCAAUAGCAUAUUCUCGUACACUACCGCGCACGAGCACUCCCAGUUGCAAACAGCUGUCUUCAACACAUAUGUCUGGAUGCAGAUCUUCAAUUUAUACAACACCCGUGCCCUCGGCAACAACAUCAACGUCUUCGAAGGCAUCCACCGCAACUGGCUCUUCAUCGGUGUCAACGUCAUCAUGAUCGGUGGACAAAUGAUCAUCAUGUUCGUAGGCGGACGCGCAUUCUCCAUCACUCGCCUCACUGGUGUGCAAUGGGCCUACUCUGUCGUCUUGGGAGUCUUAUCUCUUCUCGUUGGUGUUAUAGUGCGUUUCAUCCCGGAUAGCCUCGUGGAGCGUUUAUUUGUGGGUAUCGGGUAUAUUAUGGGGCCGUUAUGGAGGUUAUUGAGGGUGAAAAUAGAGUAA